GGCGUGGCUGGCUAGCUAGUCGCCAUUGCCAGGCCCUCAGAGGAGCGUCGCCGAGGACUCGGUGUGGAGGGGGCGGGAGAGCCGGCUGUACCUGGGAAGACACGCUGGGAUGGAGCCACCUGUGAGGAUGCGCCUGCGCAGUGCCGCCAAGGCCCAGGCGGAGGUUCAGGGCGGGGCCGCCGAUGACGCUGGGAGGAGACCGGAGAGCGGAGAGCUGCGUGGGCCGGAGGCUGUUCCUGAAGGAAACAAUUCGGCACCGGAUCCACAUGGGCAGAAAAGGCCUUUUGCGGAAACGGCUGAGGGCGAUGUCGGGAACAAAGUACACAAGAUGCUGCAGGGACCUGAAGUUCAGGUGACAGAGGUUCUUCACGCCAAGAGAAGAAUGUUCGAAAGGGAUAGAAAAGCUUCGAUCAAAGCCACUACGGCAACAAUUGAGCACGUUUGGAAAAUGCAGGAAGAAGAGAGGCAGAAUCUUCGUCUCAAGUAUUCCCAGCAGUGUCUGACUUUGUUUCAGGAGUGGGAUGUAGACCUGCAGAAAGCCCGGGAACAAGAAAAAAGACUAGCUAGAAUGUUUCACGAGCAACACAAGAUUCUUCAACAAGCUAGAGUUGAUCAGAAACAGAGACUGCAAAAAAUGAAAAAUUUAUAUGUGCAAUUCUUAAAGAGUAUGGAGGACUUGGGGAAGGACCAGGAGCAUCGCCUGACUGAUGAGCACACGGAAUUUAGAGAAGAAAUGAGCACAUUGCAAAACAGAAUGAUAAUGGAUGCUCAACAGCACGAGCUGGCAGCUAUUGAAAUGUCUCUCCAAUUCCUGUUACUCUGAUGACUCUGAAGAAAGAACUUGAACCUAAGUGCGAUUACGAUAGAAGCGUUACGCUAACUACACUCGACCACAUUGCGGUAGCUUAAGAAUUAUAGUCGAAACCACCACAUCUUGUUGAUCAUAGCUCGUUUGUUUAGUGCAAGAAUAUUUUGCUGUGAAAACCCCAGGCCCUGCACAGUUAUGAGGGUAGCAGCAGUUCACAAUGAUAUGUAUUAAGCUUUCAGGCCUUUGUUAGUAAUGAUGACUUUUUGUGCUUAACACUGUCAAUUAACUUUUAGCAACAGGAGGAUUGAAUUUGAGGCGUGGCCUCCGUGGAUCUGUAUCAGUCCCGAAAGUUUCAAAGGACACGUACAGAAAGAAGGUUACUUUGCUUUUCCCAAAGGAAAAAUAAAAUGAAAGGAUAUAA